AGUUUUAGUUGAAAUCGAGUGGUUUUAUUCUGAAUAAACAAAUAAAAAUAACGUGAUGGAUGUGAAGAAGGAACGAGAUCUGUGUCGUUUGUGUUAUACACAAGUCCUAGAAUACUUCAAUAUAUUCGAGAACUCUGUACUGGUACCGAAUAUAGUUGACACGCUGAAGCAGUAUUUUGACGAUGAGGUCAACGACUCGGACGUUUUGCCAAAAAUAAUUUGCAUCGAAUGUUGGGACAAAGUCGAAGCGUUCCGGAAGUUUUCCGAAAGGGUUAUCGCAUUACGUGCCGAAUAUCGGCAACAACAUCUCAACAAUGCGGUCAAAGAUGAAGACUAUGGAGAAUACACGGUUUCAAAUGUUGAGCCAGAAUUCCAUCAGGAAAUGGUUUGUGUUGACCCAUUGAGGCCUAUCAAAGUGAUUAUGGAAAAAGGAGAUGAGAAAAUGGAAUUAGAAGAAAGCAAACUUCAUUAUGGGUCAGGGAAUGAACAGGGAUUCUCAGAUGGUAAUGAGGACGAUGAUGAGAGUGAAGUUUACGAUGAACUGAUCAAUCGCAAUGAGUUGCCAGAGAGUGGCGAAGGCACUCGACUUCCACGGCACAUCAGUGAAGUGAGCCCCGAACAACAACAGCAAAUAAUCAGCCAAUACUGCGACAUGAGUUGCGAUUUCUGUGAUGUCACUUUUGCAACAUUCCAAGAAGCCACCCAUCACUAUAGAGUGACGCAUAACAAUCAGCCCAAAGGCUAUGUGAAAUGUUGCUCACUGAAAUGGUUACAGAGUUCUCACUUGAAUGUCCAUAUUGUGUGGCAUUUGAAUCCUGAAUUGUUCAAAUGCCAGGUUUGUGGAGAAGUCAAGAAAACUUACCAAUCUUAUCGAAAACACAAACUCAAACAUUUCAACCAAUUCACAUGUGACAUAUGCCAGAAGGUAUUCACUGUAUUUACAUCCUUGGAACGUCAUAUUCUUACGGCACAUGCAACUAAAGUGAAAUUCCCAUGCGAUCAAUGCGAUCAGAGUUUCAAGACUCAAAAGCAUUUGGAAAUUCACCUGGAAGUGAGUCAUUCGGACGGUUUAGAAGAUUAUAUAGAAGAAAUAAAAUGUAUGGAGUUUAAUAUAAGCGGAGUACAAGUCAAAAGAAUUAUGGAGGAAUAUUUCGAACGGAAAUGUAGUCUCUGUGAUACUGUGCUUGAAACAUUGAAAAUAGCAAAAUCACAUUAUUCAUCGGAACACAAUAUUCACAAUGCUCACAUGAAGUGUUGCGGCAUUAAAUUACGCACUAAUACACAAGUUUUGGAUCACAUUCAAUGGCACAUCGAUCCAGACGCUUUCAGAUGUCGAGUAUGUAAGCUACAACACAAGCAUCGAUAUACCCUCAUCUUUCACGUGAAAAAACAUAUUGCUUUAUCAACAAAGCAAUUCUCUUGCGAUCUUUGUGACCGAUACUUUCCGAACAUCUCGGAAUGUAGAAAGCAUAUGGAACUCAUACAUCCAGAAAUACAAGCGAAUUCUUUAUCGGUUGAAACUAAUUCUGAUGAAAACAAUGGAAAUGACAUAGAGAUACCGGACUAUGUCGAUGCUUCGUGCGAUCUGUGUCCAGUAAAAACGUUUACCACGGUCAAAGAAAUGCAAUCACAUUAUUUGGACGUUCACAAAUCAGUUGGGACGGUGUCAUGCUGCCAGAAGAAGUUCUUUACAUUAGCUUAUUUCAGAGAUCACAUUGCAUGGCACACAAACCCGGAUAUUUUUAGAUGUGAUGUUUGUAACAAAUCGCUUCCGAACCGAUACAUUUUAAAACAACACAAUGAUUGGCAUUCAAAUAAGUAUUAUUGCCACACUUGUAAAAAGUCUUUUCCACGUAGACAUCUAUUGAAAACCCAUUUGGAAAAACACAAAAAUCGUAAUCGUGAAAAACAACGCAAUUUUAUUUGUGAUGUAUGCGACAAAGGAUUCCCUAGCCAAAAUCAUCUAAAUAUCCAUCGUAAAAGACACGAUCUAAAGCACGAUCAGAUUUGUGAGUUCUGUGCAAAGAAAUUCAAAACAAAAGCGGAACUGAAACUCCAUCAGGCGAAACAUCUAGAUGUUGCCCCAAAAACAAAUCCAAAAUUCCAGUGUGAUAUAUGCAAUGGUUGGUAUGCGAGCAAGAGUGUUUUGAAAACACAUAAAAUGAAACAUAAUCCAGAUCCACAAAAAUGCAAUCAAUGUGAUAAGGUUUGCCCCAAUUCGGUUGCUUUAGACGAACAUAUACGAAGGAAUCAUAGUGGUACGAUAUUCAACUGUCAUUUAUGCGAGAAAUCAUUCAAGUUACAAGUAACACUCAAGGUGGGUAUUUUCGUACCACAUUCAGACGUGUGCAAGGUCAAAAAUCCUAGAAGGGGGUGAAAAUUUGUUUGGCAGAUGGGGGUCAGAAAUUUUUUGAAUGGAUGUCGGAAAAAGAAGGUCCUAAAAAGAAGGUCCUCACUUUUGAAAAUCGAUUCUAUCUAGUGUAAACUAGUCAAAAUCGCUCGAAGGGGGUCUCCAUUUUCAAAUCCAAAAAGGGAGGUUAAAACCGGAACCUCCUUCCUUGCACACGUUUGACCACAUCUUCCUUCAACGUUAUGUCAAAUA